UGUGGUCACCGUUGCGUCACUCAACAACAGCUGAACAACCACUUGACGACACAUUCCCGAGAGAAGAAGUUCAAGUGUGACUAUCCAGGCUGCGGCAAGGUCUUUGGUGUCAAGACAGCUCUGUCGACUCACAAACGCACACACACUAACGAGAAGCCUUUCUCGUGCCGCUGGUGUGGGGAUAGCUACUCAGACAGCUCAAACCUAUCGAAGCAUCGGAAGACC